CAAAAACGGAAAGCCAAAUGUCAUAGCUGGUCUGGGCUGGACUAGGCUUUGUGAUGGAACGGCCCAUAUAAAAGCCUCAGUCAGCUCGUGGGCGGCUUUUGGGCGCGACCCUUGCUUGUUUUGGCGCCAAGCGAACCAGAUUUGGCGCCAAAAUCCCCCCGCCCGCGCCGCUUCUUCUCCCUCCCUCCCGCCCGCGAAUCCAUUCAGACUGCAAACUCUGAGAGAGAGAGAGAGAGAGAGAGAGGCCAUGCCCACACAGCACCUGACCUCUCGCCGCCACGCUGAGCUACUCCGCCAUCUCCUCCUAGAUGGCGGCGCCGCCGUGAAGGACCUCCGUCUCCGCCGUGUCGUCCCGCUCACCUCCGCGCCCCUUGACGACUCCUCCCCCGACCCGGCCGGCCCUGCUGCCAAAUCUGGAUCUGCAGAGACGACGCCGCCGGAGGCCCAAGACGGCCGGGAGCGAAAGCCGGUCGUCCAGCGGUCGAAGCUCGUGCACGCCCCGGCCUCCUUCGGCUACCGCCGCUUACUGCCUUUCCUCAACCAACUGACCAACACCAACCAAGAAUCAGAAUGCCCUAGUGGCAAGGACAACUCCAAGAUUGAUGCAUAUGCCGAAUCUGAAUCUGAAGCUCAACCUGAUCCUGUGCAUUGCUCUAUCAGCACCACCAAGGAAGAAAUCAACAUUUCCUCUUCUCAUCUUUCAAGCACCAAGAUGUGCCUUUCCCGGUGUCAGAGGUCCAGGUUUGUUCACCACCCCAGCUCAUUUAGCUACAAGAGGAUGCUGCCAUUUGUUACGGAGAACGAGAUCACUUCUCAGGAAGGUCACAGGACCAAAAUUCCAAGACUCGUACAAGAAAAGCAAUCUUCAACGGAUGAGAAUCUUAUCUUGACCACUGGACAGCAUCACUUUGUUAUGUCAGGAGACUCUGCUGAGGAAUGCAAAACAGCUCAAGUCGAAAGAUUAGUAGAAGAAAACGAAUCAAAAUCAGACAGGAUUCAUCCUCUUGGUGGAAGGCUGCUUCAGCCUGCUGUUUCUGAAGCCGCUCAUCUAGAACUACAAGUCAGUACAGUUGAAGGGCAAAAUCUCACACAGGAAAGAGUGCUAGCUUCAGAUGCACACCUUCUAUCUUCAGACAAGGGUGAGUGCACAUUGAAAUGGAAUGAUGUCCUGCCUGCUGGACAGCAUCAGCCUGCUGCCUCAGAAGACUUCUCUGAAGAAAGCAACAAAGCAGGAGUUGAAGCAGUAUUAGAAGAGAGGAAAUCAGUUCCAGACGGAAAUUCUGUUCUUGAUGGCAGACAGCUUCAGACUUUUGUUUCAAAAGCUUCUCCUCCAGAAGGCACAGCUGAAAUGCAGAAGGCCACACAAAAACAAGCAGUGACUUCAGAUGGUGAUGACGACCCUCUAGACUCCUGCAAGGGUGGAUCUCUUGCCAAAGAGCAGCCUCUACUGCAUGCUACAGAGUUGUCAGUAAAAGAUAAUGCUGAAGGUGAUGAGGUACAUCAAUGCCAAAGCCCAGAGUUGGGAACUUCUGAUGUUUGUUUUGGUGGUCCUACCAAGGUUGUAAUACCAUCAGUGAAUUCCCACAAUGCACUAGAGCAAUGUGAUUCUAUGGCUUCUCUAGAUGAACCGUUGCUUGAUGUGGAGAUGACAUGCAUUCCUUUGGACCCUUGUGCUACUGGUGUGCCCUACUCAGUGAAGGAAACGCCUGCUGGUGUUCUGUGCACGUCUGAUCAUUGUUCCACUGGCACACCCUUAACAGUGGAAGAAACCUCCAGUUCCGUUUCUGUUGUGCACAUUGAGCCAAUGUCAAGCAAAGUCAGCCCAGUACGGCAAAGAGGUUCCCCUUGUUUGGAAAAACGAGGCCUUUCCCCUAAGAAACUAUCUCCAAAGAAAGGAAUACUUAAGAGACAUACAAGGGGGUGCAAGGGAAUCUGCAUGUGCUUGGACUGCAGCACAUUCCGUUUACGUGCUGACCGAGCUUUUGAGUUCUCUAGGAAGCAGAUGCAAGAGGCAGAUGAUAUAAUAGAUAACUUACUAAAGGAGGUGUCAAGUCUUAGGAAUCUCAUGGAGAAAUCUGCUGGCCAACAGGAGACAAAGCAAACAGCCUGCCAGCGGGCGUCACAGGUGGAGGUGGUGGCCAGAGAGCGUCGUAGGCAGAUGUUGAUGGAGCUGAACUCACAUUGCAGGAUCCCUGGACCAAGGGUGAAAUUUGCACAAUAUGUUGAAGAGAGGAUGGCGUCGUCUCCAUCACCUGAUUCACCUAGCAGGAGAAGAUAAACAGGGGAGGAUGUGUCCUGUCUGAUCUAUCCAGCUUACCUGGUUAAUUUUUGUGUAGUGCAGUGCAAUACUCCUACUUGGUUAAUGUGUUGUAGAGGGUGGGUGGUCUGUUUUUGGAGGAACAGCAUGUCAUGUGCAUCCUUUGUUUGACAGAAAAUGGAAGGACCAUGUGCGUGGCGUACUAGAUAUAUUAAAUAUUUAUUAUUACCACCAGUCCAGUGAAAUAGUAGAAUGAUACUAUCUAUA